AUGGCAGGCCUGUACGAUCAUCCUAUCAGUCGCGACUUUGUCAUCGUCAUCGCGGUCACGGCCGUCUUCACCUUUCUAUCGGGUCUUACGAUAAUCUUGAGGUUCCUGUCACGGCGGAUAUCCUCCAAACUCGGGCUCGAUGACUGGUUCGUUCUGGCUGCCUACGUCUGCGCUCUGGCCUUCGUGGCUACCAACGUUCUCGCGGCAACAAUAGGAAUGGCUGGUUACCCCGUGGAGGAGCUGGAUACGCCUCACCUUGUGGCAUACCAAAGGCAACUUCUUGCCAAUAACAUGGUCUACAACGCAUCCAUCACCCUUUCCAAGGUCGCCAUUGUCUUGAUGUACCGACGCUUCUUCCCAACGCCAACGUUCAAGGCCUUUACUUGGCCAGUUCUCGGUUUACUGGCGGCCUUUUAUAUCACCAUCAUAUUUGGCGAAAUCUUCGCCUAUACUCCCAUCAAUGGCCAGUGGAAUCCGAACAUACCCAGCACACACAUCAACAUCUUCGCCUUCGGACUCUCCAUGGCUGCCAUCACCAUCUUUCUAGACGUCACGAUAUUGACCAUGCCGCAAUUCGUGGUUUGGCGCUUGCAGAUGUCGCGUCAUCCUGGUAAUGCAUUCCUACGGCGGCGUAGUAGGCUGCAACGCCAUCGAGAAUCUCGAUAUAACUUCACGCAAGUCUGCGGGCAAACCAGGCGGAGUGGUUCAUCUCAUUGGUGUAGCUGCUCACAUCCACCCUAA